AUGCCGAUGCCAGCAGUUCAGCAGUCUUUUCCCAGCCCGACGGGCGAUCAGUUUUUGCGAUGGGGAGGAGCAGACGGGACCGCCCUUGUCGACGGAACCGCACCCCCAGCCGUGAAUUCGUAUGGCAUUGUCCACGGCCAACAACAGCAAUUCGUGCAGCCCACGCCGAGCCCCAACAAUGCUCUUGCACGAAGACAGAUGAACAGAGCGCUUGUGCCCACCGCUGCCAGGCCAAAUUUCGAUUCUGCCGCCGACCCCUGGUUCGUUGGUGACGACAACGCCCUUCUGCAACAGCAGCAGCAACAACCAAACGGCAACAUGACUGCCACCGAUAACAUCGAGGCGCUGGAGGAGAUGGCUCGCAAGGCCAUGAGAGAGGCGCAGCAGAAGAGGAAGCAAAUUCCGCCCUUCGUCCAGAAGCUCAGCAGCUUUUUGGACGACGACAAGAACUCCGACCUGAUUCGAUGGUCCGAGAAGGGUGAUUCGUUCAUCGUUCUCGACGAGGACGAGUUCGCGAAGAAGCUCAUUCCCGAUCUGUUCAAGCACAACAACUACGCCUCAUUUGUGCGACAACUCAACAUGUACGGCUUCCACAAGCGCGUCGGCUUGUCGGACAACUCCAUGCGCGCGAGCGAGCGGAAGAACAAGAGCCCCAGCGAGUACUCGAACCCGUUCUUCCGUCGCGGCCACCCGAAUCUGCUGUGGCUCAUCAACAAGCCCAAGAGCGGCAACAAGGGCAAGAAAGGCGCCAAGAAUGUAGAGAUCGAGGGCGACAGCGAGGAGGAUGUUGUUAUCGAUGACGGGGUGACACAAGGACUCGGCGCCACCAGCGCUCCGUCUAGCAGAGCCCUCCCGCCUGCGGGGGACAUGCCCAUCCAGAAGAAAGAGAUGGCCCUCAUCCGCGAAGAGUUGGCCAAGCUGCGGGAUCAGCAAAGGUUGAUUAUGUCGGCCAUCCAGCGGAUCCAGCAAGAUAACUCGGCACUAUAUAAUCAGGCCGUCGUCUUCCAGAGCCAGCACGAUCGUCACCAAAAUUCUAUCAACGCCAUCCUUAACUUUCUGGCCAACGUCUUUAGGAAGACGCUCGAAGAUCAGGCAGGCGCUCAAAGCGUGAACGACUUGCUGGCGAGCAUCAUCCCCAAUGCCAACAACAACAGCUCUGUGCCUCAGGGCAGUGUGGUGGACCUUGGAGACUACAUCCAGUCGCAGUCUGCGGCGAAUAACAACAUGAACCUCGCGAAGCGCAGACAAGCGCUUCUGCCGCCAAUUCCAAACGGCCGUGCCAACACAGUUUCUCCAUCCCCAGCAUCUAGCGCGCCCACGCCCCAGCCGUACAACAACCGUGAGAUGGGCACAGUAACAGAGCUCUUCGACACGUCACCUGGAGACCAUGCAUCUUCCCCCAGCAACUACCUGGCUCAGGAGCUUGAGACCAACCCCCACGAGAGCAUGAUGAAGAUCAUCAACAACACCAACGCAAACCAUGCAAACCAAUCGUCCAACAUUGACCUGCCCGAGGUCGUGAACAACACCCCUGUCACCAUGAGCAAUGACCAGCGCACCAAGAUGCUCAACAUCAUGGCUGGCCGUUCCGCAACGCCCACCAGCAACACGCCAACAACAAGGCCCUCCGUCUCCGCUUCUCCCAGACCGCCGGCUCCAUCUGUCAGCGCUACCACCGACGCCCCUUCCAUGCCCGCCACGUCAGGUCUUUCACUCUCGCCCAUCAUGGGUUCAGCCGAACCUCCGCCUUCCCUGCAGCAUAUCCAAUACAACCAAGCCGACUUGGCCGCUCUUCAGCGGAUGCAAGAAGAGCAAGCUGCCAAGCUGGACCACCUUUCAAGCAUGCUGGGCCCCUUGAGCCCCUCCGGUCGGAUUCCUGGCAUUGACGAGAACGGCAACAUCAAUCACCAGAACGGCUACUUUGGGUCUGACCUUGACAUUGACCAGUUCCUCAACCAAGAUGCUUUCCAAGGUGAUGAUGCCUUCCAAGGGGGCGUCUUCCAGGGAGAUGGAACCGACUUCAACUUUUCCCUGGACGCUGCUACGCCCAACGGCGGUGUUGCGGCUGUCAAUGCAGCCAACACUCCUAGUGAGAGCAGUGGAACGGAAGAAAUCGCACGCGACGGCUUUGACCCGUACACUGGCAGUCCUGAUCGUGGCACUAAAAGGCGGCGCGUCGGCUGA